AUGAAUAAUGAGGCUUUAAGAAUAUGUUACAAAUGUUCAAAAUUUCAUCUUGGGACAUGCUACGAUGUAAUGAGUUUCUGCAUCCCAAAACACCAUCAGUCCUGUGCUGUUGAGAACAUCUACGUCCUUACAAACAGAGGGAAAAGUAUGUACCAUUAUUCAAAACUGUCAUGUAUGACCAAAUGUGAAGACAUCAACAUCUUGGCUUCCGAAAAGAGGACAGAGAUAAUCUGUUGUGACAAAGAUCACUUUUGCAACAUCCCUAUGGAUAAGUGGCGCUACAACCACACUCAAUUGGACUGCGAAGAAUAUUGUUUGCCUUCAAAUUUCUAUUAUGGGGCCCUGAAGAUUUCAACCUUUUGUUGUAAAGGGCAAGAUUUUUGUAACAGCUACCAAGGAAAAGGAAAGGACUAUAAGAUUCAGUAA